AUGGAAUCACUUAAAACGGCCAUCCAAACCGCCAUUGGAAAGGCAGGCAAAGGCAGGGGAAAGAUCUCCAGAAUCACACUGGAAAUUAGGGGCAUCGACAGUCUUACGACGCAGGACGAUGUCCGCAAUGCUAUCACAGCCGAAACGGGCGAAGAAGAUGCCAAAGUCCAUCUGUUCGAGCCGAACACGAGGGAGCAGAGGGUGGCAGUGGUCGAAAUAGAUCAGAUUAAGACCACCGCUCUGCUCAAAAAAGGGAAGAUCCGUAUCGGCUGUAUAAACUGCCGAGUGAGGGUUCGCGCGAACCCCACGCGAUGUUAUCGCUGCCUCGGUUACGGACACGUAAAGGUGAGAUGUAAAGGACCCGACAGGAGCGUCAACUGCUGGAAGUGUGGCGCGAGUGGGCACAAGGCAGCACUAUGCACUGUGCCCGCCCAACAAAGGUGGUGUUUCUUAUGCAAAGACGCUAAGAUGGCCGAGGACAAGACGGUGUAUGCACCAGGCACCGAUACGUGCGCGGUCUUCCGGGCGGCCUUAAAAGUGGGAAAAUCGCAAGGAUAA